AUGCUGCGAAGACACAUCGCCAAGCCAAGCCGUUGCCGUACGAGUCUCCUCAUCUCGGCCUUCAACUUCUCGACAGUGUCGUCACUCGCCGCGUCCGCCCAAGUCCUGCCGAAGCCGCCAUCGCUUGACCCGAAGUCCCGCGGCCUCUUGGUCUCCUGCAACGCCCGGAUCACCAGGAGCGGGCGAGAUGGCGAUCUCCUCGGCGCCCAGUCCGUCUUCGACCGCAUGCCCGUCCGCGACGUCGUCUCGUGGACGGCGCUCCUCACUGCCUACGCUGAAAACGGCCGGAUCUCUGAAGCCCGGAGGAUAUUCGACGAAAUGCCCACGAGAAACAUGGUCACUUGGAACGCGAUGAUCUCGGGCUACGUGCGCUCCGCCCACGUCUUCGAGGCCCGCGAGUUGUUCACGCGUAUGCCCGCCCGGGAUGUGGUCUCCUACUCCGCCAUGAUUACAGGAUUUGCGAAGUGCGGGAUGAUAAAGGAGGCCGAGGAAGUCUACCAGGAGAUGCCGCGGAGGUGGCGCGACCCGGUUGCUUCAAACGCCUUGAUCUGUGGGUACCUGAGGGUUGGCAAGCUUGAUAUGGCUGCCUGUGUGUUUGAGUCGAUGGAGGCGAAGGAUGUGGUCUCCUGGAGCUCGAUGGUCGAUGGGUGUUGCAAAUGUGGGAGGCUCUCUGAUGCCAGAAGGAUUUUCGAUGCAAUGCCGGAGAGGAAUGUGGUUUCCUGGACUGCUAUGAUUCGAGGAUACUUUAAGGGUGGAAUAUAUGAAGAUGGGUUUGGACUGUUUCUACAGAUGAGGAGAGAAGGCGUGGGCAUCAAUUCCACAAUGCUUUCGGUCAUGAUCGAUGCCACUGCCGAAUUGGAAAGGAUAGAAGAAGGGAUUCAGAUUCAUGCUCUUGUCUUGGUAACGGGACUCCAAAAUGAUGUCUUCUUAGGUGAUUCAAUUAUUGUCAUGUACACUAGAGUUGGUUGGAUGGAAGCUGCAAAAAAUACGUUCAGCUGCAUGAACACAAGAGAUGUAGUCUCAUGGAAUUCUUUGCUAGCUGGAUACAUCCGGUAUGACAUGCUAGAGGAGGCCAAUGUGUUGUUUGAGACCAUGCCAGAGAAGGAUGCUGUAUCUUGGACCUCAAUGAUGGUGGGAUUUUCCAAUAGAGGGUGGAUUUCCGAGUCUGUCCGUCUAUUUCAUGAGAUGCCUGUGAAAGAUGAAGUUGCAUGGACUGCAAUCAUUUCAGGGUUUGUGGCGAAUGGGGAGCAUGAUAAUGCAUUGUGGUGGUUCCAUCGCAUGGUGCAUGAAGGGUUUAAGCCCAAUGGUUUCACACUGAGCACCGUACUCAGUGCUUCAGCUAACUUGGCAAUUCUGGACCAGGGAAUGCAGAUUCAUGCUCGUAUCAUCAAAACAGAUCUAGAGUCAGAUGUGGCUGUCCAAAGCUCUCUGGUCUCAAUGUAUGCAAAGUGUGGGAAGGUGACUGAUGCAUAUCAUGUCUUCUUGCAUAUCUUUGACCCAAACCUUAUUACAGUGAAUGCAAUGAUGACAGCAUUUGCUCAACAUGGUUUGGCAGAAGAAGCUCUUCAAUUGUUUAAGGACAUGCAGGGAUAUGGCUGCAAACCUAAUCAGGUUACGUUCCUAGCGAUUCUUUCAGCUUGUGCUCGUGCAGGCUUAGUUAAUGAAGGUUAUAAGCACUUUAAAUCCAUGUCAUCUUCAUAUGGCAUAGAACCAGGACCUGAUCAUUAUACCUGCACAGUCGAUCUCCUAGGCCGUGCAGGGUUUCUUACAGAAGCAUUAGAUUUGAUUGAAUCGAUGCCAUUUUCUCCUCAUUCUGCAAUAUGGGGAGCAUUGCUUAAUGCUAGUAGGAUGCACUCUGAUCUUGAACUUGCAGAGUUGGCCGCUCAGCGACUUCUGGAUUUGGAACCAAACAAUGCAACAACUUAUGCUGUCCUGUCAAACUUGUAUGGUUUGGCAGGGCGCAAGAAGGAUGAGGAGAGAAUGAGAAUAACAAAGCAGACCAAUGGUGUGAGGAAGAGUCCAGGAUAUAGUUGGGUUAUAUCUGAUAGUUAUUCAAGCCAGCAGAACACAGCAUGAGAUGUACACAUGCUGCUUAGAUAUGUUUAUAAGGCAAGUCAGCAUUUUUGAGGCAGGAAGCAUGUAUCUAUGAAAAUGAUGGUGUUUCCAGUCUUCUACAUGACUUCUUUGGCAUCCGGGCAUUGAACUUCCUGUCAGUUACAAGGACAAAAUAUGUCAGGCUAAAGCAUUGAUUGAGAAUCACAACGAUGGUUCAAAUCUUGUAAAUGAUCUUUUUUCUUAAUUGCUGACACUUGCAAAGUGGCAAUCAAUAUCAGAUGAGUGCAAUUCCAAUUCAGAUUCUGGAGGCAAAUAGCGUGGUUUCAAUUUGAAGGCAGACAAGAAUAUGAUUUGCAGGCAUAAGAAAAACCAUACAAGAAUAUGAACUGCAGAAGAGACGUCGCAGGUAGAGGUGGGGGGUAGAUUUGGAGGGAAAAGUGGUGUUUGUGAUGGUAGAGGCAGAGGUGGCAGCGGCAGAGGACAUGGUGAUGGCAUGCCAAACAAACAGAGUCUUGGUAUGGCUAGUUCAGGUAUAGACAGGCAUCCAAUUUAGUUGUUCCUUAUUUUUUUUAGACAAUUGAUGUUUAAUAGAUAAAAAUGUCUGUUUUAUCAAGUGUUUCAUGGCAUUAACAUUUUGCAAGCAAGAAGACAACCUAUAGUGAUGAACGAAAAUGAAACUUCUUCAUGGAAAGUUUUUUUA